AUGGAUUUCACCCAGGAGCUGCUCAGCCCUGCUCAGAGAUCCCUGUACCGGGAGGUGAUGCUGGAGAAUUACAGCAACCUGGUCUCACCGGGGAUUCCAUUUUCUAAACCAAAACCCAUCACCAAGCUGGAGCAAGGGAAGGAAACCUGGAGAGAAGAGAGAAAAUGCCCACCGGCCACUGGCCCAGCAGAACCAAAGCCAGAACCCCACCUCAGUCCUUUCUGCCCUCCGGAUUUCUCCAGUCAGAAAUUCCGCAUGCAGCAUAUGCUGUGUAGUCAUCCUCCCUGGAUCUCCUCGUGCUGUGUGCAGAAGAUCCUGCCCAGCCAGGAGAUCCGUGCCUGGGGGACCAGCAGCAAGCCUCCGAUGGAAGUUCCCGGAACGAUAAAGCAGAAGGGAUGGCAUCCAAGGCGUGGAGGUAGAGGCCAGCCAGCUCAGAGGGAGAACUCUGAGGAAACAGACAGACUGUUGAAGAGGAUAGAAGUGUUAGGAUUUGGACCAGUCAACUUUGGGGAGUGUGGACUGGGCUUCAGCAAGAUGACAAACCUCCUAAGGAAAAGCCUUGCCGGACACCAGAAGGCACACUCAGGGGAGAAGCCUGUCGUAUGCAGGGAGUGUGGGUGAGGCUUUAACUGGAAGUUUAUGCUCAUCAUACAUGAGAGGACACACUUGGGCGAGAAGCCUUACAUGUGCAGUGAGUGUGGGCGGGGCUUCAGCCAGAAGUCAAACCUCAGCAUACACCAGCGGACACACUCCGGGGAGAAGCCCUACGUGUGCCAGGAGUGUGGGAAAGGCUUCAGCCAGCUGUCGAACCUCAUCUCACACCAGAGGACACACUCCAAGGAGAAGCGUUAUGUGUGUGGCGUGUGUGGGCGAGGUUUCAACCAGCAGUCCAAUCUCAUCAGACACCGGAGGACACACUCAGGGGAAAAGCCGUACGUGUGCAGGGAGUGUGGGCGAGGCUUCAGUCACCAGGCAGGUCUCAUCUAGCACAGGCAGAAAGACUCAAGGGAAAAGCCUUACCUGUGCAGGCAGU